CCCACACCCCCUCACUGCCUCGGGACUCCGGCCAGCGCUUAGCCUUCGUCCGGGUUUCAAGUGGAAAGUGGGGAAAAUAAGAGCAAUCUCUCCUGGAAAGUAGCUGUGGGGAUCAAUAAAUAACAGAUGCGGGUAAAAGAUCCAUCCAAAGCUUUACCUGAGAAAGGAAAAAGAAAUAGAAGGCCUUCAGUACCUCAUGAUGAAGAUUCUUCAGAUGACAUUGCUGUAGGUUUAACUUGCCAACAUGUAAGUCAUGCUGUCAGUGUGAAUCAUGUGAAGAAAGCAAUAGCUGAGAGUCUAUGGUCAGUUUGUUCAGAAUGUUUAAAAGACAGAAGAUUCUACGAUGGACAACCAGUACUUCCUUCAGAUAUUUGGUUGUGCCUUAAGUGUGGUUUUCAGGGAUGUGGUAAAAACUCAGAAAACCAGCAUUCACUGAAGCACUUCAAGAGUUCCAGAACAGAGUCUCAUUGUAUUGUAAUUAAUCUGAGCACAUGGAUUAUAUGGUGUUAUGAAUGUGAUGAAAAAUUAUCAACACAUUGUAAUAAGAAGGUUUUGGCCCAGAUAGUUGAUUUUCUUCAGAAACAUGUUUCUAAAACACAAACAAGUACAUUUUCUAGAAUCAUAAAACUUUGUGAAGAAAAACGUGAAACAAGUGAAAUAAAGAAAGGAAGAAAGAGUAGCAGUGUGUCAUCUGUAAAAGGAAUUACAAAUUUAGGAAAUACUUGUUUCUUUAAUGCAGUCAUUCAGAACUUGGCACAGACUUAUAUUCUUAUUGAACUAAUGAAUGAGAUAAAAGAAGAUGGUACAAAAUUAAAGAUCUCUCCUGCAGAUUCUCAGCUGGACCCAUUAGCAGUAGAACUUUCAAGCCCUGGACCACUGACCUCAGCCUUGCUCCUGUUUCUUCACAGCAUGAAGGAGACUGAAAGAGGACCACUUUCUCCUAAAGUUCUUUUUAACCAGCUCUGUCAGAAGGCACCUCGAUUUAAAGGUUUCCAACAACAGGAUAGUCAGGAGCUUCUUCAUUAUUUGUUGGAUGCAGUGAGGACAGAAGAAACAAAGAGAAUACAAGCUAGCAUUCUAAAAGCAUUUAACAAUCCAACUACUAAAACUGCUAAUGAUGAAACUAGAAAAAAAGUCAAAGCGUAUGGAAAAGAAGGUGUGAAAAUGAACUUCAUAGAUCGGAUCUUUAUUGGUGAAUUAACUAGCACAGUCAUGUGUGAAGAAUGUGCAAAUAUCUCCACAGUGACAGAUCCUUUCAUUGAUAUUUCACUUCCUAUAAUAGAAGAAAGGGUUUCAAAACCUGUGCUGUUGGGAAAAGUGAAUAAAAAUAGAAGCUUACAGGAGGCAGAUCCUGACCAGUACUGUGAUACUGUUGGUAUAGAAAGUGCUCAUCAACCCAGAGCUGCCAAGAAGCAUCCUUCAUCUAAAGAAAAGAAUCAUGAAAGAAAACAUGUAAGACAGUUGUCAUCUGGAAAAGAGAAAACUGUUACGCAUAAGAAAAAUGCCAGCCUUGGGUUGAGUGGAGAGCCCUCAGCGUCUGUGAGCACUGUGGGCACCGAGGCCUCUCUGAAUGAAAGCCCCAGCGAGGGCAGCGAGAAGGCCACCAGUCAGUCUGAGAGCAGCGCUGACGCGGACAGCGAGGCCUCGGAAUCAGAAAGCGCGCUAAAGCCUACCAUUCUGCUUGGACCUAGUGGUGAAUCCACUGUGCACCUGGGUGGGCGCCUUCCCCAGCCAUCAGCCAGGGAAGUACCACGUGCCAAGGAGACCGGCAGCGGUGAUGAGGGAAUGGCUGACGCGAUUUCUCAGCUUUGUUUGAGCAGCACUGUAAUUGGAGAUGGAGAUUUUGACAGAGAAACUCAGCCACUGAAUGUUCCAAAUAAUUUUUCAGAGGAGAAAUAUAUGAGGUCGCACAGUCCCCAAAAUGCUUUUCAGACCCUUUCUCAGAGCUAUGUAACUACUUCUAAAGAAUGUUCAGUUCAGUCCUGCCUCUACCAGUUUACAUCCAUGGAAUUACUAAUGGGGAAUAAUAAGCUUCUCUGUGAGAGUUGUACUGAAAAGAAACAGAAAUACCAAAAGGAAACCAGUUCUGCAGAAAAGAAAGCAGAAGGAGUUUAUACUAAUGCGAGGAAGCAAUUGCUCAUUUCUGCUGUUCCAGCUAUCCUAAUUCUCCAUCUUAAAAGAUUCCAUCAGGCUGGCAUGAAUCUUCGUAAAGUAAACAGACAUGUAGAUUUUCCGCUUACACUUGAUUUGGCACCCUUCUGCUCUGCUACCUGUAAGAAUGUAAGUGUGGAAGAUAAAGUUCUCUAUGAUCUCUAUGGCAUAGUGGAACAUAGCGGUUCAAUGAGAGGAGGUCAUUACACUGCUUAUGUGAAAGUGAGACUGCCCUCCAGGAAAUUACUGGAACAUAUCACUGGAAAGAAGAGCGUGCCUGGUUUGAAAGAACUGGAUCGAGAAUCGGGAGGCCAGUGGGUCCAUGUUAGCGACUCUUAUGUGCAAGUGGUUCCAGAAUCGAGAGCACUUAGUGCACAAGCAUAUCUUCUUUUUUAUGAAAGAAUAUUAUAAUUAUUUUAAUUGUUAAUUAGUUAACUCACUGUUAUUUGAAUGCUGCAGUAGUUAACCAUAAUAUGUUAUGUGCCUUUGUAAUCUCUCUUCUGUAGGGAGAGCAUAUCUUUCAACAACGCUUUAACUUUUUUUUUUGUCAUUUUGGAGAAUGCUUUUAAAGUCAAUUAAAUUUACUCAGUGAUUUCAAAUUAGUAUCUUAAAUGUAAAGACUUUUUUUUUUUCAAAAAUUUGUCCUAGGGGACAAAACAGUUUACAGCAGUAGAAUAACGUCUUUAUGAUAUGGCUCAUCAUUACAAGCAUUCAGAAAUGAUCCUGGCUAAAUGAAAUCACUCCUUAAUACAGUGUUUCUGAAAGGUGGUUAACACCUUCCUGAUUGCAUGUAAUAUACCCUGUGCCAUUAUUUACUUUUUUUUCAACAUUUUAGCUUUUUAUACAUUAGCCAUGUUAUAAGCAAUCAUACUUCACAUUUUACAUGCUUACUAUUUUUCAUAAACAUUAAAACAAAUUUAUAACUGUUAAAGAGAAAGUAUUCAUCCAUGUACCACUCCAUUUAAAAAUCAUCUCAGGGCUCUCCUGUGGUAUAUGUUUAUCACUAUUGGAAAAUAUUGCUAUACCUAUGUGAACUAAUGCUUAAUAUAACAUAGUUAUGUCAUAUUCUAUGAUUCAGCCAUAUAAAAAGUGUCACUAUAAUUUUAGUACUGUGGGUUUACAAAUAAUUAUUGCUUAGCUUAUUACUUUGAAGUUUUGAAAAUAUUGAAACAUUUUGUACACAUACCAUCUGCAGCCCAUUUGUGGAAGAGUUAGAUAAUUUGUAAGUGGUUGGCCAGGGUUAAAAUAUAAUUACAGAUAAUUGUAAUGUGCAGAAUUGGUAAAUAGAAGUUGAUAAUCUAUAUGGCACCAUAGGCUGCCUUUGAAAUACAAGUUACCAAAUUAUAUUUGUAGAUGAUAGAGAAUUAUAUUCUUAUACUUACAGAGAAAUAAAAUGCAUUUUCUACUUCUGUAAUUCAGUGAAUAUUAAACAUUGUUUUAGGGUAUAGAGAUCACUUUUGUGGGUGUCUUCAAGAAGCAUCAUUUAAGUUUCAAUUUAACUUUUACUUUUUUAAGAAUUUAAGUUUUACUUUACUGGAGCACAGAGCAGGUGCUUCUGUUUUAAAUAAAAGCAAAAAUAUGGUAGUUUUCCUUCUUUAGAAUACAAGUUACUAAGCUCACAAAACUUGGCAUGAAAAAUACUACUACUGCUUAGGCCUAAAUUUCAAAAAAUCAUGGGUACUUCAGGGUUAUAUUACUGAAUCAAAAUAUAAUAGCAUGGUUCAAGCAUCCUAAUCAUUAGUGGCAAUGGAUUAUUCUAUAGGCAAAUAUUGGAUAAUUUCCUAGAAAACGGGCAAUAGUCGUUGUAUAUAAUGUGGGGAAAUAUUAGCCAAACCUGAUCCUUUGUAAAAAGUAAGUCUAUGUACUGUAUAUGUAUGUAUAUGACAUUAUCAAGGUUACCAUGCUGCCUUUUGAUAUAUGGAUGAAUGAAAUUAUAACUAGUAUUAAAGAUAGUAAUAAUAUAUGAUACAGAGCUUUAAAAUGUUGCAUAAAUUCUAUUUUUAAGGUGUUGAAAUUUAUAUAGUAGUGUUUAUCUUCUUUAAUAGUGAAAAUGAAGAAAUCUAUCUUUGUUAAUAUGCAAAAGCAGAUUGUGUCAUGUGAAAGGUAAAUUUUUUUUUUUCUGGGUAUGGUGGUGCAUGCCUAUAAUUCUAGUACUCAGGAGUUUG